AUGGCAGCCCACGCUGCGGAGCCAGAGCAGGCAGAGGAGCCGGAGGACGUGGACUUCUCCGGCGAGGAGAACGUCCCCGACGCGUGGAGCGGCUCCGCGGAGGGGGACGAGGGCGCCGCGCCUGGGGCCAGCGGCGAGCAGGGCGGGGCGCCGGAGGGCGGCGAGCCCGGCGGGGCGCCCCGGGAGCCCGGGCCGUGGGAGGAGGGCGGCGCCAGCCAGGACUUGAAGGAGGAGCCAGUGAAGCAGGAGGGCUUGCAGGACGAAAAGCAGCAGGAUUGCCAAGCGGCACACGAGAGGCCGAAGGGACAGGGGAAGCUUAGGAAAGAGGCGAAGCAAGCGAGGAGGGCUGCGACGGAAGCGAGGCUUCAGGAGCUCGCCAAGGUCGGCGAGGAGGACACCCUCCAGGAAGGGCGGCGCAUGGCGAAGAGGUGGCGGGAGGAGCUGGCGAAGGCGGCUCCGCAGCCUGUGGACGACUCUCAGCUGGACACGGAGGGCAACAGCAUCCCCAGCUGGUGGCGCACCACCACGCGGCGCCAGCGGCCGGCUGCUGGCUUCGGGCCGCGCACCGCGCGGGCCGCGGCCCCGGCGCCGCACGCGCCGCCAGCAGGCGGUGGCGUGGCGCACCGCCCAGCCGCUCAGCACGCCCUGGUCGUGCACGGCCACGGCGGCCCCGGCGGCGGCGGCCUCGGCCCGAGCAACCUCGGCCACGGCGGCUAUGCCGAGCGCCGGCGCGGCGCGGAGCCCGGCUACGGCCUCUGCUGGAGCCAGCCG